CCAUCUUUACCAUUUCUUAACUGUCAUUUUCUUGAGUCUGUAUUUACAAAACCCAUUACGUAAUUUCUGAUAACUUUGAAGAGAUAAGAACAAUUGGAGCUAGGCGUCUUGGUUUAAAGGACAAUUAUAACACAGGUAUACAAUCUUUCUCCAAGAGGAAGUUUUCAUAAAUGGACAUUUCUAGAAAGAUAUAAGCUUUUCCUAUAGUAAUAAAUGUGGCAUCUAAUCAAAAGUUUUUAAAAGGGAAAUACUGCAUGCAACAAUUUCUUGUUUAAAGAAUGACUUAUACCGCCUGUGUCUAAUGGGUUUAACAAGUUUCAAAUUAAAGGGAAAAUGCUCCAUGCAAAUGAGGGAUGCUAGAUAUGCAUUCUUACUGGCUACCAAGUAAAAUGGACUCUACCAAUCAAAAGGUAGAAUCUGGACUACCGCCUUCGCAUAACGGUUCACAUUUGGGUUUUUUUAAAAAAUAAGAUCAGUCACUGGCAGUAGUAAAUUGUCUUCGUUUUGGUCCAUAAUCUGUUCACUGAGUUUAGUCCAUCGCCUGCUUCCCAUGGGGAAAUUCCUCUGAUCCCUUGUGGCUGUCCCGCCGUUGUCUACCCGGCAUUGCACCAGGCUAAGUGUAUUCUAGACUUUAGUUUCAGAAAGCUCCAAAUGUAAAGUCAGAACAUAAGAAAAAGGUGGCUUAUUACAGAAAAUACUUCUGGAAACGCUAGUGUGAUUUUUUUUUUUUUUUUUACUGUUUUUGUGGUUACAUCUUGUAGGUUUCAAAGAAGUUCGUCGGUCAGUUUAAGCUUUACAGAGGGAUCUCUCUUUUUUGGUAAAAUGGCUUUAAAAAUUUUUAACCCGAUAUCGGGUUACAGACCAGGGACUGUACCCUCAAUUCCCACCCGAUUCAGGGGACUAAGAAAACCUACAUUACUACAAUAUCAAUGAAGUGAAUGUCUAUUUUUCCGAAAAGGUAACGCCCAGAGCAUUGCAUUUACAGGAAAAUCGUGUGUGGAAAAGAACAAAACUAAAAAAAAAAAAAAAAAAUUGAAAAGAGCUGAGGAUAGAAGGAAGCGGCCAAUGAAACUGCACGGUUUUUGGAAAGUUUAAAGCUAGACUAAUCAGAACCUGUAACGUAAUAUUCAAACUUUUCUCCCGCCCAAUCACUACCCCUGACGUACUAUAAAUACCAGCAAAAAUACUGGGUGAUUCAUUUGGGCUAGUUAGGCACAUCUGCUUCGCGGUUACUUGUCAUGGCUCGUACUAAGCAAACUGCCCGUAAAUCUACCGGCGGCAAGGCGCCACGCAAGCAGCUAGCCACCAAGGCGGCUCGUAAGAGUGCACCGGCCACUGGCGGCGUAAAAAAGCCUCACCGCUACCGUCCUGGCACGGUGGCCCUGCGCGAGAUCCGCCGCUACCAAAAAUCCACAGAGCUUCUUAUCCGUAAACUGCCUUUUCAACGCCUUGUGCGUGAGAUUGCCCAGGACUUCAAGACCGACUUGCGCUUCCAGAGUUCGGCGGUGAUGGCACUGCAGGAGGCAUGUGAAGCCUAUCUGGUGGGUCUUUUCGAGGAUACCAAUUUAUGCGCUAUUCACGCAAAGCGCGUUACCAUCAUGCCCAAGGACAUCCAGCUAGCCCGUCGGAUCCGCGGGGAGAGGGCAUAAAUUACAGUUUUGAGAUUUCAACCAAAGGCUCUUUUCAGAGCCACCCACGUUUUCAAGUAAAACGGCUGUAAGACAAACCAACUACAGUAGAUGAAUAUACUGCUUUGGGGAUGGAAAGAACAUUCAUCAAUAACACUCGGGUCAUGGGUGCCUUUUUGUUUCAAUAUUCCCUGCAUAUGCGAACAAACUGGCCCUUUGUGUUUAGUACUGUUAUCUUAAUGAAGAGCCAGAGUUUCGGAGGCACGCAG